UGGUCUGAAACAGUUUAGAAGUUUGCGCUUUCACUUCUCUGUACUGUCGCAGCAAUCGCUGGACGUUUGUGGUCAGUCUCUGUCUAACAGUGCGAGAAGACGACAGCCAUGAUCCAUCCCCGCACGCUCAGAAUAGAUUAUGGCAAAACUACAACGGUAUUAUACGUAGUUGGCUCGGAGCUAAAUGUCAACCUGAACAGGAGUGCCCCUCCCACCUCCAAGUUCUUCUCCGUGAAAGGCACUGCCGAUGUUCAGUACAGCAUCAGCCCCACUCCUCGGGACACAUCCCACCUCUCUCCCAUCCCUCUCACUGAAAACUCAGUCCUGCUUAUCAGCAGGGACCAUGCCAGUCAACAUGAAAAUGAUAGCAAGCUGUCGGUCCAGUACUAUGGGGCGAAUAAAGAGGUCUUAGGGAGAGCAGUUGUGCAUCUGACAGCUGUUGAGCUCUCACUGGAUGUCGAUGCUGAUAGAGAUGGCAUCGUGGAGAAGAACAACCCUAAUAAGGGUUCUUGGAAAUGGGGUCCUGAUGGGCAUGGGGCCAUCCUUUUGGUCAACUGUGACUCAGAAAAGACCUACAAGAAGACACCAGACAGCGAGGAGAAAAGCAUUUAUAAAGUGUCUGAUCUAAAGGACAUGUCUGUCAUGGUGCUGCGGACCAAAGGCCCAGGUAAACUCCCAGAGGGCUACAAACUAACCAUGCACAUAUCUCAGGGAGAUGCAGAGAGUGUUCGAGUCUUCAGAAACCGAUCCACUGAAGUGUCAAAUAGUGGCCUAUCGCAGAAACUUUACAAUCUCUUUGUGAAAGACUAUCCACUGGUGCUGAGCAGUGAUGUGCUGUCCAAGGAAGUGCCUUACCUUGGAGGUGUGGCAGAGAUGAACUUUUAUGUGGAGGGCCUGAGGUUUCCUGACAAAGACUUCAAUGGACUCGUCACCAUCAACCUCAGUCUAUUAGAACCAAUCUCUGAUGGUCUCCCUGAGACGCCCAUUUUUACAGACAAAGUUGUGUUUAAAGUGGCACCAUGGAUCAUGACACCCAACACGCUUCGACCUGUAGAGGUGUUUGUCUGCAGCACAUCUGAUAACUACCAGUUCCUGAAAGGAAUGAGGAACCUUGUUGCGAAGAGCGGGUACAAGCUAAACAUUUGUCAUGAAUAUGUAAACAGAGGUGACCGCUGGAUGCAGGAUGAACUGGAAUUUGGUUACAUCGAUUCACCUCAUCAUCGUUUUCCUGUUGUUCUGGAUUCCCCGAGAGAUGGCGAGCUAGCAAACUUUCCAUAUGAUGAGCUGCUUGGUCCUGACUUUGGCUAUGUGACAAGGGUGGCCCUAGAUGAACAUGUGAGCAGUUUAGAUUCGUUUGGCAAUCUGGAGGUCAGUCCUCCUGUCACAGUAAAUGGAAAAAAAUACCCCCUGGGAAGAAUCAUCAUUGGGGUUGCCUUCCCUACGGCAUCUAAAGGACGAAAUAUGACCAAAGUAGUUCAAGACUUCUUGUGGGCUCAGAAGGUUCAGGAGCCCAUCGCCUUGUUCUCUGACUGGCUCUUUGUUGGCCACGUGGAUGAAUUCAUGACUUUCGUUCCUGCACCUGACAGAAGGGGCUUCCGACUGCUGUUGGCCAGCCCAGACGCAGGCUACAAACUAUUCAGAGGCCUACAGAACAGUGGACACGGACAAGCCACGUUGUUUGAUGGGUUGACAAAUGCAAAACAAAUAACACUGGAUGAAAUCCUUAAGGAUGAAAAACUCCAAGCUGAAAAUAACUAUGUACAGAGCUGCAUCGACUGGAACCGGGAUGUGUUGAAGAGGGAACUAGGCCUAGAUGAUGAAGACAUCAUUGAUCUGCCAAUCCUCUUCAAACUAGUGGAGGAUGAAAAGGAGUAUAGAGCAGUAGCUUACUACCCCGACAUGGUGAACAUGAUUGUUUUGGGGAAAAACCUUGGUAUCCCAAAGCCCUUUGGCCCCAAAGUGAAUGGACGAUGUGCACUCGAGGCUGAGAUGUGCUCUCUAAUGAAAGGCCUGGGCCUCAACUGCACGUUCAUUGACGACUAUUCAUCCUACCACCAGCUGUUGGGAGAGGUCCACUGUGGGUCCAAUGUCCGCAGGGAGCCCUUUGAGUUCAAGUGGUGGAACCUGGAGAUGUAAAUAAUAUAGAUAUGACAUAGAAAGAUUUCAGCCCUGGUUGAUUUGGUGACGCCCAUCAUGAAAAUCAUUGUAUUGCCAUAGCAAACACUUCAUUGUCAUCAUUUUGUAAUGAAUACUAAAGAUCAGCAAAUGUUGCUUUACAAAAUAAGAAAU